AACCUAUGGAUUCCACAUCUCUAUAAAUACCUCUCAUUCUGAUCUUCUCUUCACUUCACUCCCAAACACUCUCACCUUAAAAAUCACUUUCUUCUUUUUCCUAGUAGCAACUCUUCAACCUUAUUGAAUAUAUCUGUCCAGAUGGCCAGCGUUCAGGUUCAAUCCGCUCCAAUAACAUUGCCAGAGAAUGAGACACCAGAGGUGAUCAAGACAGAGGAGGAGGUAACCCAAGAAUCUGCACCAGCUGCCCCUGAGCCAGUAGCUGAUAAGCAAUCAGAGGAAGUAUCCGCUGAUGCUCCAGCUGCAGAUGAACCUGCGGUGGCUCCAGCGGAAUCAGAAGCUCCUGCCGAGGAUGAAAGCAAUGACGUGGCAGAAGAAGCAAAGGUGGAGACAGAGAAGGCCACACCAGCGGCGUCAGAAGAGACUCCCGAGGCGAAGACAGAAGAGAGUGAUGGUAAGGAUGAAACCAAAGAGAGUGUGGCAGACGAAGCACCAGCAGCUCCUGCUGUGGAAGAGAAAAAUGAUGAAGAAGAGAAGGAAGGCAGCACUGAGGUUCCUGUGGAGAAGACUGAGGAGUAAAUUAGUGGGACUCCCAUUAUAUAAGUGAACAAGGGUUACUAGACAAAGGUGCCGAUGUGUGCAUGUCAAAGCUGGCGAGUUUCUGUUAAUUUAAUGUUCAUUAAUUUAGCAUAUUAUUAUCAAAGAAAUGAUGGAUUUGGAUGGUUUUGAAGUAAAGAUGCUCUUCAGUCAGCAUACUUUCCAGCAUGGGUUCCAUUAGGGUCAAUCGCCUUCUAUGUUGCGAUCUAGUUUUUUUCUGUUUUGUCUCUCUUAAUAAUAUUAUAAUUUGUUCUGCUUC